AUGUUAAUUCAGCUUAUAAUUGAUUUAUCUAAAUUUAGAACUUUUAAAUCUUUUGUUGAUAUUAUUGAAAAUUCAUCAAUUUCUAUACCAAUUGAAAUUUUAAAAGAAAUAUUUAUAAAAAAAAUAAAAAAUAUUAAAAAGUAUCUUAUUAAUCAAGGGAAUAUCUCAAAAAAAUCAGAAUAUAAUAUAUCUGAGGAUUUCUUAGAUAUUUAUGGGGAAUUUACAACUUUAAUUAAAGAUCAUGAAAAAAUCGAGUAUUUUGCAAAAGUUUUAAACAUUCAUACAUCUAAAUGUUCACGAAUUAUUUCUAUAUGUCAGAAACUAUUCUUCAUUCCUAUUCAGGAUGUUGAUCUAGAUUAUAUAAUGAAUACUUACAUGUUUGAAAAACAAUUUAUGAUUAGAUUUAUAAUGAAUAUAUUUCGUUUUAGUGCAGAUGAAAAGCAUCCAUAUUAUGAACUGUCAAAAAUUUUUAUUUCAGAAUUUGAAGAACAAAAUUUUGUUAUUAAUUUUAUAAAAAUCAUUGAAACUAUUGAAAAAUAUGUUCCUCCUUCAUUUAUAUCAGAAGAAUUUAAUAUAACUUUUUGGUCAACAAACUUACUUAAAAUACAAUUUGAAUUACUUAGACUUAUUUUUAUUUUAAUUUAUUAUAAAACACCAUGUACUUUAGAAAUUGUUAUUAAUUGGUUUCGAUUAAUGAAAGAAUCUCACUAUUUUCUAAACAAGAAGGAAAUAUAUAAUAGCAACGAUGAAAUUAACAUGUUACAGCGAAUUGUUUCUUUAUCACUUAUUAUUUCUAUUGAAAUAAUAAGACCCAGUCGUGAUUUAAAUAUAUGUAUGACAAAUGAACUUUUAUAUGAUAAUAUUUUUUAUAGUUCACCUGACACAUUUCUCGAAGUCCAUGAUACUAUUGUAAAAUUAGUAAAUAAUUUCAUCUGGUCACCUGUAAUAAUAGCUUGGGGUAUAAUUUUGCAUGAACUUUUUAUUGAUAUUACAGAAAGACAAGAAUCUAUUAAAGAAUAUCAAUUAAUUCAGGACAAAAUUUUUCCUAAUAAUUCAUUCGAAACAUCUAGAUAUCUUAUUGAUAUCUCAUUAAAACAUAAUGUUCUUGGAAUGAUUGGUAAAAUGAUUUCAUCUUUUUCUUUUAGUGAUGAUAUCUGCAUUACUACAUAUAAAAUGGUUUUAAAAGAACUUUUCAGAAGGAUAUUAAGCUAUGUUAAAUUUUCAGAUAGUGUAGUAAAUUGUUUUAUUAAAAUUCAUGAAGAAAAUAAUUAUUCAAAUCUUGAUUUGGCUCAUGCAUUUUGGUCAGAUGAUAUUAUUAUGCGUUUGCUUCAUUCUGCAAGAACAAGAUUUCCUUAUGAUUUUUUUUCUAUGAUUCGUAUAUGUAAAUCAGUUUCUUCAGAUUAUAAAUCAACGUAUGAUUUUUUAAAAAAUAUCUCAACAUUUACACAAAUAACUCCUAUUGGGUUCAAAGGUUAUGAUAUAUUAGAAGAAGUUAGUGGAACUUUUGUUAAAUUAAGUGAUGACUUAAAAAUUUUUUCAGCAAAAACAUUUAAUAAUUCUAAUGAUAUAAUAAUUCCUAAGGAUAGUUUAGGUAGAAUUAUAUCUUAUGAUAUUUCUCCACCGGUAAUCAUGUGGAAUUAUACAUAUUCUGCAUGGGGAUUUCUAGGAAAAAUACUAGAAGUAAGCUUAAUCGAUAGAUUAUUUAUAAAGGAUCAAGAAAUUAUUAUUGAAAUUAUUCUAAUUAUGACCAAUAUUUUAAAGUCUGAUAAUGAUUUAGGAAAACAACUUAUUAUUGAUAUGUCAUCUGAAUUAAUAGAUCAGGGAGAUAUUGUAGGAAUAGUAAGAGAAAUAUGUUCUUUAUCUUUUCAACUUAAUGAAAUUUCUCAAUCUGUGCGUCUUAACUUAAUAAGUGUUUCUAUUAAUUUUUUGAGUGAAGCCAUUCGAUUUUCUGAAAAUUGGUUAGAUGUUUUUAAAUUAAAUUUAUUAAACAAAAAUGGAAAUUCAGGGUUUCUUUCAAAUAUUUUUUCUUCCACUGAGGCCAUUCUUGCUGAUUAUUCUGUUCAAAUAUCCUUUUUAAAUCUUUUAAAAAUUUUAGUAGAAAAAUAUAUUUCAACUACUAUUCAUCAACAUAAUUUUCAAAACUUUCAAACUAAUUACUUAACGAUAGCCAUUAAAUACAGUUACGAAAUAUUUGAGAGUUUUAUUGAAUGGAGAUAUAUUUCUUUAUUUCAGAAAUAUGAUAUAGGAUUUAUUAUAACUUCAUUGUUUUUAAGAAUUCUCGAAUUUAAAUAUAGUUUGGAUACCCGUUGUCAAAAUUCUCCUAUUGUAAGUUUAGUUGGGUCUUUGGCAGAAUUUAUUGUGGAUAAAUUUCUUUCUCAAAAUCCAAAUUCUAAAUGUUUAUAUACUUUAUGGAAAGUUUUUAAAGACAAACAUAAUGCAAAUAUUUAUAAACAAUGGGUGAAACAAACAAUUAAUUUUAUAAUUUGUCUUAUCAGAAUUCGUGAGAAAAUGAAAUAUCCUUUGUCUGCACUGGAAAGACAACUAUUUCAAAAACUUCCGGCAAUAUUACAUUUCUUAUCAUUUUCUCAGCAAUACCAUAUUCCCAUAUUGCAAUUAGUUACAGAUCUAAUAUCUUCUUCAUCUCAAGAAUUACCUUUAUUAGCUUAUCUUUCAGACUAUACUACUGUUUUUAUAGAAAAUCUUAAAUAUAUUAUUUCUAAUCCAAUUAUCGAUCAAAAUGUUAAAGUUCAUGUUUGGAAAUUUUCCAGUGCUGUUAUGAAGUUUCAACAACAAGGAUUAGCUAUUCUUCUUUUAACAGGGAGCACUACUUUUCAACAAAAUAAUUUUAACCAGGAAAAGUCAAAUACAUCAUUAUUUAAAUUAGCAAUUCUUGAGUUGUAUAAAAUAAAUAAUCUUAAUACUAUAUCAAAUCCAAUAUAUAUAGCAUCUUUUCUUGAAUUUAUUGCUAAUGCUCAAAAUUAUUGGGCUUCAGUUGUCCCAUUAGAGUUCAAAGAUAACAAAUUUUGGUCAGAAAUUUUGAUUUUAAUAGAUUCUAUUAGUAAUUUAAAAUCAAAUUUUUCAGAAGAUUUAACUAAUAUGUGCUACAAAAUUUCUAUUAUUACUUUUUCAGUGCAAAUUUGUAUAGCAGAAAUAUAUUCACAAUCUCAAACUCAAUCAGCUAUCUUAGAAACAGAUUUUAAAAAAAUCUUGUUAAAUAAGCUCGAUUCUUAUUCAAAUUAUAUUUUAAGUAUAAGUGGAUAUCGUGUUUCACUUCACUCAAAUCUAAAAAAGAACUUUGAAAGAACGUAUCCUGAUCAAUCUUUAAUUUCUUUUAAAAAUAGUGGAAUUAUUAAAUCUCCAUUAUAUGGUGAUAAAUAUUUUUACAAUUUAGAUAUAACGAAUAUUAUUUUAGGGAAUAAUAAUGUAUCAUUUGCAUAUUUAAGCGAAAUGAGAGAAGCAAACUUGAAUUUAUCUCUUUUAGAUGCUCAAGUGAUGCUUUUACGAGCAUGGAUUUUUCUUUGUUCAGUUAUUUUCCAUCCUAAAUCUUUAGAAGCAGAAAAUCUUAAAACUUAUGUUAAUGUUAUUAUAACCGCAUUAAAAGCAAAUUCAGAAGAAAAUAUUGAUCCUUCAAUUAUAAUGUCAAUUGCAUGUGAAAGAGCAGAAUUAUCAUUAUUUCUUACAAUGCAUCUUCAAACAAUUAAAUCUAAAUUUAAUUUAGGGAAAUAUUUUUCUACAAUUUUAUUACAUGCAUGGAAAGCAAUAAGUUCAGUAGAAGCAAAUUUCUUGCUUUCAAUUGGUACUAAAAACUCACAAUAUACGCGUACAAUAUUAAAAAUAAUAUAUAUAUGUUUACAUGGAAUUAAUUCGUCAGAGGAUCGUAUUGAAAAUUAUAUAAUAUUUCCUAUUUUAAUAGGUUUAUCUGACCUCGUUUUAACACGAGGGGCUUCUAAAUUAUUUUCAAAGGCGUUAGAAACACCCACUUCUAUAUUUCCAUCAGAUAUUAUGCUAUUCGCUGCUAUUGCCGAGGAAAUUUUUGAUAUUCAAGGAAUUGAAGCGUUAUAUGAUACUAUAAGCGCAUCAAUGUUUCAACAUGAUAAUUUUCAGUCAAUUAUAACUUUUUUUUCUAAUAUUGAUCCUAUUAAAAAAAAUCAAGAUAGUUAUCUUUUUGCAGAAGCAAGUCUUUUAUUUUUAUAUGUAUUUUCAUCAAUUCCAUCAUUAUCAGAACAACUUGUUAUUUAUGGUUUAUUAAACAUGCUCAUUGAUGCGUCUAUAUGCCAUCAGAUUCAGAAAAGAGAUACACAUUUACAAAAUUCUAAUACAGGACCUAUUUCUUUAAAUUUAUAUCAAUUAUGGGUUCGUGGUAUUUUACCUAUUGUUCUUAAUUUACUUCGUUAUGUUGGGAGUCGAAUUUCUACAGAAAUAUUAGGUUUCUUAAAAAUUUAUAGUGUACAAAUACAAACUGCUUUUGGAAAUUGGAAUAGACCUGUUGUUGUUACUAGUUUGAUUAUAGAAGAGACUUUUUUAUUGGUAAUGAUAUUUGAUAUUCUACAUAUGGAAAAAAAUUAUAGUAGCGACUAUUUAUUUAAUAAAACAGAGUUACUAGAAUCUAUCACAUAUUUACUUUCACAUCCCAAAUAUUUAGCUAUAUUAAUUAUGCCAGUAACAGAAAUGGAUCAUUUGAUAGCAGCAAAAUCAUCUGAAUCUGACAAUGAUGCAAUUUCAUCCGAAAAAUUUAUUAGUUAUAUAUCAGAGAAACUAAGAGAAUUAUGUAAUUUUCUACAAAGUCAUUGA